CCGAGCCGAGCCGAGCCCAGCCCAGCGGUGCCGAGCCGCGCCGAGCCCAGCCGCGCCAGAGCCGAGUCGUGCCAGCCGCGCCGUGCGGAGCCCAGCCGUGCCAGAGCCCACCCGGGCCGAGCCCAGCCGAGCCGAGCCCCGCCGUGCCAGAGCCCAGCCGUGCCGAGCCGCGCCGCGCCGUGCCGAGCCCCGCCGCCCCCCCGCCCAUGGCGGCCCCCGGCCCCACGCGUGCCCCGGCCCCGGCCCGGCGCCGCCGCUGAGCGCUGCGCCCCGGCCCGCCGCCAGAGUGUCAAUGUUCUGACUUGCUCUAAGAUGAAGGUAUGGAAGUUUGCAGCCAUUGCAUCGAUGCUCCUCAGUUCCAUGUUAUCCAUUUUAGUUUGUAGAGACAUGUUCAACGGAAGCCGGAAAUACAGCCCCUUGCCUUCCUCGCCGUCUUCCUCACGGGCAUCCUCCUCCUCCUCGCUGCCGGAAGCUCUGCGGAGAUCCCCACGAGCCCUGCAACGCCACAGCUCGCUGCUCUCCCAGUACAGCAGCUUGCUGGAGAGCUACACAGAGGGGGAGAUCCGGCAGCUGAUCUCAGCACUGGUGGAGCGCUACAGCCAGGCCAUGAACUCAGGUGGCCACGAGCUGCCACUCUUCCCCCGGGCAGGCAGCCGCAGGAAGCGUGCCCGCGCUCGCCACAAACCCUGUGCCCUGAAGGAGCUGGAGGUGAGCGUCAGCGAGCUGGGCCUGGGCUACGAGUCAGACGAGACGGUGCUUUUCCGCUACUGCAGCGGCACCUGCGAAGCAGCCGUCCGGAGCUACGACCUCUCACUGAAAAGCAUGAGGAGCAGGAGGAGGAUCAAGAAGGAGAAGGUCCGCGCUCGACCCUGCUGCCGGCCGCUGGCUUACGACGACGACGUCUCCUUCCUGGAUGCCUACAACCGCUACUACACUGUCAACGAGCUCUCGGCCAAGGAGUGCGGCUGUGUGUGAAGGGCCGGGGCCCCCCCCGGGAGGAGUGGGCGGGAGAGGCAAUGCCCCAGCCCCGAAACCCCGCUGGGCAGCAGGCAGAGGGACCGGGGGCUGCGGCGGGGGGAGAAGGAUGGUCCCUAGACCUCUGGCUGGAGGAGGAGAGACUGAGCCGCUGGUGGAUCCCUUGGCGUUGCUGUCCUCCUUGCUGCGCAGGACUAGAGAUGUGGCUGUUGGUGACGGUGGAGGCUGCGGUUGUUGGAGCGGUGACAGCUGCUUGUGGCUUUUGUCCCCCGCUGGAGCUGGCCCAGGGGUCCCUGUCAGCCCCUCCAGAGGAUGACAGUGGGUGUGCAACAUGCAUGGGGCAUGUUCCACCCUUGGGAUGCAUGGCGUGCGCGGGGCGCAUCCCGUGUCACACAUACAGGUCACGCUGCCGGCAGAGGGGGUGUCACAAAGUCCCCUGCCGGGGGUGUGCCACACACAGCAGAGGUGACGGGUGCGGGUGUGCUGCUGCACACACCAGCAUGAUGCACAGGCGGGGUGUUCCUGCGCAGCGGGUGUUGCUGCCUGCGGUGUGGUGUGUGGUACUGGACAGGGUGUGCUGCAUGCACGGGGGUCUUAUGGGGUGCAUUACAGGUGUGGGGUGCAUUGGGUGGCUGUGGGUGCCCCAGGACAGGGGCUGAGCCCUGCAGCCUGUAGCUGCCCCCUGCGGGGGUUUCCCAGGGUUUUGUGACCACCGCGCUGGGAUCCCUGCACUGCCAGGGGCAACUUGGCACCCCAGCUCCCUGUGUUUGGGAGCAGAGAUGCACCAACGGCGGUUUGCACUCGGGCGAAAGGCUCUGGCUCUGCUCCCAGUGCCCGCCCGAGCCCCGUUUGCCAUCGCCUCGCUCCCCACAGCCACAGGCUUUUCUUCUUAAAACUCGUGAUAAUCUGAAGUAACUGGAUUAACCUCCCAUCCCCCCCCUCUGCGGGCAGCUGGGCUGGAGACCUGCCACCACCGGGGAGGUGACAGAGCCUCACGAGGCCACCAGCGAAGCCGUGGCACUCGCCGCCCUCCGCCGGGUUUGCAGCGUGGGCAGGAGCAUCCGCGGUUCAGCAUCCCCUGAAAGCCAGAGUGGCUGUCCCGGCCGCGGCACGUGAGUAUUGCCCAUCGCCUCGGUGGGGCUGGAAUCACGCGGGAGGGGGGAUGCAGGCCUGGGGUUUGGCUCCAGUUCACAUUUACAGCAGUGUCACUCUUGUUUACUCUGCGGAGAAAUAAAUGAGACCGCAGACUUUUGCAUUCUCUGGGCAGGCUAUAUUUGUUGCCUGGGAUUGAUGGGUUUUCUCCCCUUGGCCCUCUUCCCAGAAAAAGCAAAUCAUAAACAGAAGGAGAAUAUUGGUGUCAUGUCCUGGGCAUUAACCAAGACGAGGGAAAAUGCUCUGCUUGCCGCCCCCUGGUCACAACAGUGUCCCAGCUCCUCAGUCCAGCUAAACGGGGGGAAAAAAGUCCCAUGCACCUCCAUCCCAGAGCGGCAGCAAUGAGCAGGAGUGCUUGUGUCGAUGCCCACAGCAGCCAGCAGCUGCUGCUGCAGGAUUUUGGGGAGCAGGUCAGCAUCCCCCAGGACAGCCAGCUCGGCUGGGGCUGGGAGACAGCUCUCCCCGCUCCAUCUCCUGCGGGCGACCAGCAGCACUCCAGACCUCUGCAAAGGGCCGGGCUGGUGGGAUAUUUUUUUUUCUUGCUUUUCAUCCAAACGCCGCUCUCGGCUGAGCGAAGCCAGGAUGUAGUGAAGCAAUAUAAACACCAUCCUUCAGCAGGGCUGGCUGUGCACCCGGCGCCCCCAGGAAGGCAGCCUGCACUCUGUAGCACAGUUUUCCCCUCGCUGUUGGGAAAGGGAGAAGGCAGCUGUGGGCACAGAGGGCUGAACCUGUCCCUGGGGCAUUGCACACGCUGGUGAGCAAGGGGUGCUGAGCUUGCAUCCUGGGCGUGCAAACACUGCUGAGACCAGACAAACUCAAGCCACGCUGCAGGUGCAUGGAGCUCCCCAAAAAAGCCUUGCAAGGUGCUGCAGCACUGCAAGGGAAAGUUUGCAUCAUGGGAUUUGGAUGGAAAUGGAAAAGUUGUCUCAAAAUUAAGCAGCCAGCGGGUGCGCAGUGGGAGCAGGAUGGGGACAGCAGAUGGGCAGCUGUCAGCGUGAUCCAUGCCAUGCUCACAGCAGAUAAUCGGCUCACUCUUGACUUAAAAAAAAAAAAAAAAAAGCACGUGCGCCCAAAUCUAAUAAUAAUAAUAAUAAUAAUAAUAAUAACAACUGCACUCUGAAGGACUUGGGUGCUUUCCAGUUCUCAGUACUAUAAAACUAAAAUUAGUUUUGUUGCAGAAGCCUCCAGUAAAAAAAAAAAGAAAAAAGGAACUAGAGCAAUAAAGCAAGGUAAGGUGUUGCGGAGGCAGUGCAGGACCAGGCGCCAUGGGAGGAGGAUUUGCAGGAUGGCUUCCCAGGGCUGCUGCUGCUGGCGGUACCCUGAGCCCAGCGGGUGCCUGGGAGAUGCCAGAGCUGUUUCAUUUCCCCAAGCAACUGUUCGCACCCUGGUUUGGGACAUUUUUUCGCAAUAUUUAGGAUUUAGGGUGCCUUGACUUGCAGGUGUGAGGGGGCUGAUGGCUCUCCAGCCCCAAGGGGACCCUCAUCUUGCCAGGGUCUUGUUGGGAGCAGCAGGGAGGCAAGGGGGCUCGGGAGCAGGUGGAGGGGGCUCAGGAGCAGGCAGAGGGGGCUCGGACACCCCAGACCCACUCUCCUACCUUCCAGCUGCAAAACACCCCCAGCAGCACCUGUGCGCAGCACAAACCUGGCUUGCAACCCCAAAAAAACAGAUGCAAUGGGGGGGGAACGCCAUGUGCAAGCUGUGUGUGUUAAACCCAACAUGAACAGCUCCAAUUAACCUUUUUUUCCCCUUUCACCCUGCUGGCAGCUGAGCAGCAGGCUGUGCAGAGGUGCUGGGAAGUGCCUGGGAUCUGCUGCUGCCAGCGCGGCGGCCACGCACACUGCGCCUGCUUUUUUUUUUUUUUUUUUUUUUUUGGGGGUGCAGCUGGGGUGCAGCUGGGAUUUGCAACGGCAAGACUCCCUGACCAGGUCUUGGGGUUAGCAGGGGCAUCGCAGCCGUGGCCAAAGGGUGGCUUUUGCUUGGUGGCUUUCAUGCAUCUCACUUGGGGUCCAUCUUCUGCAUGAAGCUCCUUCGGCUCCGCUGCAGGAGCGUUGCUUGGCCCGUGCCGUCCUGCACCGCUGUGCUGCCGCCUGGGCAUGGAAAUAUGGUUCCAAUAGAAAGGCUGAUAUUUCCUUAAUGCUUUCCAUUUCUACAGCCCUCUCUGCUGUAAUAGGAGCUGGAGCUGUCCGGAAGAAUGUCUACAAUGCAGAAAGGGCAAAAAAGGAUGGAAAAUUCCCUACUCAAAGCUAUAGCAAAGUCUCAUCUGGCUCCUUCCUCAUCAUCCCAUGCGUUAUUUAAUGUUAAUAAUAAUAAAGAGCGUGCAACGUCCAUCAGGUAGGGUGUUCUUAGGUUGUUUUUUGUGCAGCUUGCCUAUCUGUCGCUGCAGCUUUGCUGUUUGCAGCAGCAUUGCUCCCCAGGAGAUGAGGGUGUUUGAUGGUGUUUGAAAAAUCAGGAGGUUUGGAAAGACGAGGAGAUGUUUAAAACUGUUCUCGUGGUUGUGACAGCGCAAAAAUAUGAGUGUGAUGUUAUGCUGGCUCUCCAACAAUGAGUUAUGGGGCGUUUCAUUGUGGUCUACUAUACACAUUCUAUACGUGCGUGCCUGUGUUUGUGUAACGCUGGCCAGUGCAGGAGGCGGCUGAAGCGCCGUGGCUCUGGCUCAGAUCCACCGGUCGCUCGCAUCGGUUGGGAUCCCAUUUGCUGACAUGCUCUCCCUCCCAGUUUGGUAUCUGUGAGGGGGAAAUGGGUUCUAACAGCAUUGUUUCCACUCGAUGAAAGCGCUCACAAAGGAAGUGUUCCUUAUUUAAACAGGUCCAGGAACUUGCUAGGAAGAAAUCACUUUCCCAAUGUAUCAACACAAAUGAUUUUUCGGCGGUAUUUGAAACCUCAGCCUUCCUCCUGUCGUAAAUAGGGCUGCCACAUGGUUUUGUUCGUGGUUAAACAAGGCGUAGCCUCAAAUUUGAGGCCCAAGAGGAGCGGGGUGCGGAGGGGGGAGAAGUAAAAAAAGGGAAAAAAGGCGACUUGCCUCACCGCUGCCGGCAGGAGCAGGGGGAGCGUGCAGUCCAGCCCACGGCUCCACUCGGCACCAUCCGGAUUAACCCAUUUCCCCUCCGGUAUUGUCGGGUCUGACCGACCAUCUGCAGAAGUUGAUGCAAUGCAUCUAUAUUUUAGAUACUCUCUAUUUAUUCGAAGUAACUUAUGUUAUUUAUUUAGAUACCAUAGUGUGCCAUCUACGUAAUGCGUUCUUUCUCUCUCUCUCUUUUUUUUUUGAAGUUUAUUUAUUGAUCCAAAUGGUGCCAAGUGCAGUUUACAUUUAUUACAUUUCUACCAUUUAUUCUGAACGUUGGGGGGGAAAAAAUGCAGUAUGAUUUUUUUUUAAACAAACAUAAACUCGGGUGUGAUGCCGUUACAUACUCACGACAAAGUGGAAAUAAAAGGAGGAUUAUA